GCUGUCGCGAUUACGGUCGCAUUCGCUCUAAUUCCAAACAAAAAUGUCGACCGAAACGUUGCUGAAUGCCGCAAUAAAUUAUUAAUAAUAUUAAAAGUUUGCGGUUUUUCCUCAUUGUAGAUAAAAUUUAACAGACUAUCUGUUAUACUUACGGCUGCAACAAGCACUGAUUCUACUGACAAAUGAAUCCGGAUCAGCUACAAGAGGGUGUCCCGGAGCACCCUGUGCCCCACCAGGAAGGGAUGUUUGGGUCAGGUAUGCAAGGGUGGGCUGGUGAACAUGGUGUUGGUGGUGAAAAACAACUCCCCUCAUUGCUAUCCCUAAAAGUGGAUCCUCCUGAUCAGAUGAUGGAGACGCCACCAACUGAAGUUGUUUUACCUCAAGUGUUGGAAGAGGUGUUGGCGUUAAAAAAUCAGAGAGCGCGUGAACUAGAACGAGAAGAAACGGAAACAGUAGUUCAACAGCCGCAGACUCCUAGAGAGGCGCUUUGGGAGAAAGAUGACAAUAUUGAACCCGUGGUUGAAAAUGAAGAAGAGAGUCAGGUGAAAGAGACCACCAAAAUCAGUAAGAAUAAAAAGAAGAAGAAAAGGAAGAAGAACAAGAAAAACAGGGAGAAUGAACAGAAUAAAGCGGCUGAAGAGGAGGAGAAAAAGGAUGGGCAAGAGGAUGGGAAUACAGAUGUGGAAGUUGAGUACGUCCAAGAGACGAUUAGUCUUCUUGAACUGGCUCCACAAUACCGGCAGUUUUAUAGCAUUUUUGACGUGUUUAAAAUAACUGAUCAAAAGCAUGAUAUCCCACCCCCAGUUCUGGCAACGCCAACAUCAUUGUCAAGUAAAUCAAUGUUAAAUAGCAUAGGAGAUCACUUUCAGGAAGAAAUGGAAGAUGGGGACGACAAAAAGCUUGACGAUAAGUCAAAAAUGUCCAAAAGAAAGCUUAAAAAAUUGACGCGACUUAGCGUCGCCGAGCUUAAACAACUAGUCAGUAGACCAGACGUUGUAGAAAUGCACGAUGUAACAGCCAGGGACCCAAAAUUGUUGGUCCAAUUGAAAGCUCACAGAAAUACCGUUCAGGUACCACGUCAUUGGUGUUUCAAACGAAAGUACUUGCAAGGUAAACGUGGUAUAGAGAAACCACCUUUUAAUCUUCCAGAUUUCAUUAAAAGGACUGGAAUCAUGGAAAUGCGUGCGUCAUUGCAAGAUAAGGAUGAAUCCAAAACACUCAAAGCUAAAAUGCGGGAAAAGACCAGACCCAAACUUGGAAAAAUCGAUAUUGAUUAUCAAAAAUUACACGACGCAUUUUUCAAGUGGCAAACUAAACCCAAAAUGACCAUCCAUGGGGACCUUUAUUACGAGGGCAAAGAGUUUGAAACCAGAUUGAAGGAAAAAAAGCCUGGAGAUUUAUCAGAAGAAUUAAGAACGGCCUUAGGAAUGCCUGUGGGCCCUAACGCUAAUAAAGUACCCCCACCAUGGUUGAUUGCAAUGCAACGUUAUGGUCCCCCACCCAGCUACCCCAACUUGAAAAUUCCGGGAUUAAAUGCCCCCAUCCCUGAUGGUUGUGCCUUUGGGUACCAUGCCGGUGGGUGGGGAAAACCACCGGUGGACGAAAAUGGAAAACCAUUGUACGGUGAUGUGUUUGGAACAAAUGUUACCAACAUAGAUGACAUUGGUGAGGACCCUUCCGUGGAUCGCACCCUCUGGGGCGAGCUCGAGUCCGAAUCAGAGGAGGAGGAUGAGGAAGAGGAGGAAGACCAAGACAACCAACAAAACGCCGCUGACGAAUCCGGUCUUGUUACUCCAGCUGAGGGCUUGGUGACACCUAGUGGUCUCACAAGCGUGCCAACUGGCAUGGAAACACCCGAAGCUAUAGAAUUGAGGAAAAAGAAAAUCGAGAGCGAAAUGGAACAGGGUGAAAACCCGAUUUUGUAUCAUGUCAUUCCCGAAAAACGCAAUGAGAGAAUAGGUGGUUCCAUGAUGGGGAGCAGCCACGUUUACGACAUGUCUGCUGUGGGCGCAGCCCCUGCAACUAGUCGCAAACCAGGGGACAAGGAAGGAAUGGUUGAGUUGGCUCUUGAUCCGUCUGAGUUGGAUAUGGAUAGCGAUGCAAUGGCGGUUCGUUACGAACAACAAAUGAGGGAAAACCAGUCACAGCUGCAGAAGGAAGAUCUCAGUGAUAUGUUAGCUGAGCACGUCGCCAAACAAAAGAAUAAACGCAAGCGCCAACAACAGGACACAAAACAAACGAAAAAAUACAAAGAAUUCAAGUUUUAGUGCAUUUUCUGGUAUGAAUAUUUGUCAUUCUGAUUUUAAUUUGGCGAGAGAAAUAUUAGGAGUAGGAAAAAUCA